UUGACAAUAAAAUAAACACAAACUAAAAUAAAAGUAAUAUUUAUUCUUAUAUUAAGUUAAUAAUUUUAUUAAAUUAUAUAAAAACUUUGUUAAAAAAUGUAAUAUGUAAAUACUUUUUAAAUCUAGUGAACGGACAUAAAUGACAGUGAUUGUUUAUAAAAAUAUUUUUAAAGGAAUGUAUAAUUGGAGGUUAGAAAAUUAAAUUAAUUUUCUAAAUAUACUAUUUUUCAAAUAUAAUUAAUUAAAUAUAUAUUGAAAAAGUUAUCCUUAAUUUUUAAUGACACUAAAUUAAAUAUUUGUUUUAUUUUACUUUAAAAAAAAACGUGAUCAACAACACUUUUUUGAAUCUAAAAAUGUGGUUAUUUAUUGAUAACUUGCACAUGUUUAUCUUAAAAAGAAAAGUCAAAAAUCAAAUGUAAAUAAAGGAUAAAUAAUUGUUUAACUUACAAAAUUAAUAUUAAACGCAAAAAGAUGUUACAAACUUUUGUAAGUCGUUCAGUAACUCUUAGUUAUAAGAAAAUAUUGACUCCAUCUAAUUUGGGGUUAUACUGCUCCCAAAUGUUGGUCCAUUAUCAAGAACGCAAUGCGAAAAUUGUUAAUGAUUUAGUAAAUUUAAAUGAAAAUGAAAUAAAAAAAAGAGAAAUUGAUCCACGAGUUGAAAAAUGGGGUCAGGAAUUAUUAUAUUCUGAUUAUAUUCAAAGAAGAUCAUUAAAGUUUGGACAUAAAUUAAAUAAAAUAAUUAUAAAUAAAAUGAAAAGGAAGAUAGAGCUUUUAGACAAUGAGAAACUCAUUAAUUCACCUGUAUUUAGUGUUACUUUAAAUGAAAAUGAUGAUGAUAAUGAUAAUAAUCAACAAUUUAUUGAAGAAGAUAAAGAUAUUACAUCAGAAGAAUUAGAUGAUGAUUCAAAACCUAUUUAUAUGCCAUAUGCUGCGAAGGAUAGUUUUAAAAGAAUUGAAAAAAAAAUAAUUGAACCUGUAGAAGAUAAUGGUGAAAUUCUUUUAAAUACAAAAUUUAAAGUUCUUUAUGAAAAAUAUUUAGAAACUAUGGAAAGUACAAAACAAGAUGAUAACUUACAGAGUAAACUGUGUGUACGACUUGGAGAUGAUUUAUCAAAAAUUCCAUCAAAUUGGAUGACUGAUUAUGAAACAUUUAAUGAUAAAAUUGAUGAUGAUUCUUGGGAAGCUCAAUACGGUACACCGAAACCAGAUUCAAAAGUUAGUUCUAUUCCAUGUGGUGGAUGUGGUGCAUUACUUCAUUGUAAAGAUUCUGAAAUUCCCGGUUAUUUACCAUCAGAAUUAUUUGAAAAUCAAAAAAAGGACGUUCUCAAAUCAUUAAUUUGUCAACGUUGUCAUUUUAUGAAAUUUUAUAAUACCGCACUUGAUGUUAAAGUUGAUACAGAAGAUUAUCCUAAAUUGUUAAGUGUCAUAAAGGAAAAAAGUUGUUCUGUUAUUUUAAUGGUUGAUCUGACAGAUUUUCCCAGUAGUAUUUGGCCAAAUAUAAGUUCCAUUAUUGGACGUAGAACUCCUGUCUAUAUUGUUGGCAAUAAAAUAGAUCUACUACCUCAAGAUAGUCCUGGAUUUUUCUAUCACAUUACAGAAUGUUUACGAAAUGAAGUUUUAAAAACUGGUAUUAGAGAGAAAAAUAUAAAACAUGUUUCACUUAUAUCAGCGAAGUCUGGUUUUGGUAUUGAAGAACUUAUUACAAAAUUACAAAGAUUGUGGCACUAUAAAAGUGAUAUUUAUCUAAUAGGUUGUACGAAUGUUGGAAAAUCUUCUUUAUUUAAUGCAUUCUUGCAAUCUGAUUUUUGCAAAGUACAAGCUGUCGAUCUUAUACAACGAGCGACAACUUCUCCCUGGCCAGGAACAACAUUAAGUUUACUUAAAUUUCCCUUAACUAAUCCCACUAAAUGGCGAAUUUUUGAGAGAACUAAAAGAAUUCUCGCCGAACGUGAAAAUAAACAUUUAAAUCAAAAAUUACUCAGACAUCAGUUUAAUGUAUCGAGAAACAUUCUUUUCGCUACACUUCAAGGAAGAAUCGGAAAAACAUUCGAAGCUCCAGUGAGAAAAGAAUCGAUAGACAAUUUUAAUAUGGGCUCACAUAAAAUGAUAACUAAGAAUAAAUUUGGUUUAGAUGAAAAUACAGAGGAAUUUAAAUUCAGUAAAUGGUGUUAUGACACUCCCGGAAGUAUUCAUCCUGAUCAAAUUUUACAUUUAUUAACCACUGAUGAAUUAAUGAUGACAUUACCAAAUCGAAUAAUUGUUCCACGAACUUUUGUUAUUCGAGAAGAACACACUUUAUUCCUUGCUGGAAUGGGCAGAAUCGAUUUUUUGGAAGUUCCUUCGUUUUUAAGAUUUACAGUUUUUUCAAGCCAUCAACUUCCAUUGACAAUUUGUAAAACAAUCUUUGCUGAUGAUCUUUACAGUGAAUUAUUACACACUAAAGCUUUUGGAGUUCCUAUUAAUAAACCGGAACGAUUAAAAUUAUGGCCAAAAUUAACAUCUAAAGAUAUGGAAGUUAUAGGAAUUUCUGAAGAAGAAUCGGCUGCAGACGUUGUACUUUCUAGUGCUGGUUGGGUAUCAAUUACGCCAAAUACUGAUGAACGUGUUUUAUUGAGAGCUUGGACACCAGAAGGAAGAGGAUUAUUUUUAAGAACUCCUGCUCUUUUGAAAAAAUCAGUAAAUCUUCGAGGAAUGAGAAUAUUAAAUAGCCCAGCAUACAAAAAAGGAAGAGCGAUUUACGUCAAAAAAGAUUAUUGAAAAAAAGAGGUCUUGUGUAAAUAUGUAAAGAAAAUUUUUUUUAUACAAACCUAGAUAGAAUAAAGUCCUUUUUGUAAGAUAAAAAAGGAAA